AUGGAUUCCGUGCAGCUCCCCAGCUUACAAAACGGAUCUCUGGAAGACCCGUCCCUGGACGAGGAGCUAACCUUCAACACGCAGUCCCUCGUCCAAGUCAUCGUCUACUCAGUGCUCUUCGUCGCAGCGGCAGCCGGCAACGUCUCCGUGUUCGUCAGCCUCUUGGGCAAGAGACACCGAAAGUCCGGCAUCAAGUUGAUGAUUCUGCACCUGGCCGUGGCCGACCUCAUCGUUACCUUCGUCAUGAUACCCAUGGAGAUCGGCUGGAGGCUCACGGUCCAGUGGACGGCUGGGAACGCCAUGUGCAAGGUGAUGCAGGUGCUCCGGGCCUUUGGACCCUAUCUGUCUUCGAUGGUGCUCGUCUGCAUCAGCGUAGAUAGGUACUUUGCGGUGCUGCAUCCGCUCAAAGUCCACGCUGCCCAGCAGAGGGGCAAGAAGAUGUUAGCUGUCGCCUGGUGCACCAGCUUGGCCUGCAGCACGCCGCAGGCUUUCAUCUUCCGAGUGAUGGAGCAUCCGGCCCUCCCGGGAUUCUUCCAGUGCGUGACCUUCGCUUCCUUUCCAUCGCCAUGGCACGAGCGAGCCUACAAUCUCUUCUGCCUCCUCGUCCUCUACGGCGUGCCGCUGUCCGCCAUCUUGGUCUGCUACAGCCGAAUCCUCUGGGAGAUUCACCGCCAGUCCAGGGAGCCUUGUGCCGAUCAGCUCAACGGAUUCAAGUCACCCGGCGGCAGCCUCCGGCUCCGACGUUCCGACAUGCGCCAGAUGCACCGGGCGCGGUACCGCACCCUCCGGCUCACCGUCAUCAUCGUGCUGGCCUUCUUCUGGUGUUGGACCCCUUACGUGACCAUGGUGCUCUGGUACCAGUUCGACCCGGACGGUGCCGAGCACGUCAACGCCUAUCUGCAGUCGUCCCUCUUCAUGUUCGCCGUGUCCAACUCGUCCGUGAAUCCGCUCGUGUACGGCAGCUACACGACGGGCUUCAAGAACCUGUCGGCAAAGUUGAAGUGCUGCUGGAGCGGUGGCGCCAGGACUGCACAGUGCGGGCCGUCUUCGAAGCACACCGUUGACUUUUGGGUCGCCAAGAGGUAG